CUAUCAUCUAUAGCUCUGAUGUUCAAACAGGUUGUGCGAUGCUUGAAAUUACUACAGACACACAGGUGAUUAUAGAUCAACGGGGAACAUUUCCUGUUCCAAGGUAUGGUCAAUGGCAGGAGACUCUUUCACGUCAUACAAAUAUCAGAGUUUCUCCAUAUACUGACCGACCAUUUUAGAACUCCCGAAACCACAGGAUACACCAUGCAAUGCCCAACUCUUGAGAAUGUACAAAUUCGGUCCACCAAUGAUGCUCUUGCAGUGUUCCAUGGUGUGGCACUGAAAAUCCUUCCCCUCAUCACGUGUCAGCUUGACAUCGAGGAGCGGAGAGGAAUUACAGCCGGAAAUGUGUAUGUCUGGGAGGAGCGUGGCAUCAACACGGAGACUGUUGGGCAAGGUAGUCUGGCCGCGGUCCGGUGCAGGACCGCAUGAACCCGGUCCGAACCUGAACCGAACCCGCAGGUCCAGGUGCGGUUCAGGUUCAGGUUCAGCACAGCCACCAAGGUCCAGGUGCGGGGUUCAGCCUGGCCGAAAUUUGCGCACCGGGUCCGGACCGGGUUCGAACCUGCUGAACCUCCAAAUAAUUCGUGCAAAUUUCGCGAGUGUACAGGUGAGUUUAU